AUGGCGUCGGCUGAUUCCGCUGCUGCGGCGGCCAAGACGGAGGAGCAGAAGCUCGCCGAACAGCGCGCAGAGUAUCAGAAGCUGCUCGAGCUACGCAGUCAGGGCGUGUAUCUGCCGCCGCACAAGCUGCGCGCCCUGCAGGCGGCCAUCACUGAUCCCAAGACGAAGGAGUAUCAACGCAUCGCUUGGGACGCCCUCAAGAAGUCUAUCAACGGUCUGGUUAACAAGGUCAACACCGCCAACAUCAAGCAUGUCGUGCCUGAACUGUUCAACGAGAACCUGAUCCGCGGCCGCGGCCUGUUCUGCCAGAGUCUCCUCAAGGCCCAGCACGCCAGCUUGCCUUUCACGCCCAUCUACGCCUGCAUGGCCGCUAUUGUCAACACCAAAUUGCCCCAGGUCGGCGAGCUGCUCGUCAAGCGUCUCAUCAUGCGCUUCCGCAAGGCUUUCAAGCGCAACGACAAGCCUGUUUGCUUGUCGUCCACCAUGUUCAUCGCCCAUCUCGUCAACCAGCAGGUCGUCCACGAGACCCUCGCCGGCCAGAUCCUCGUCCUGCUGCUGCAGAAGCCAACCGAUGACAGUGUCGAGAUCGCUGUCGGCUUCAUGCGCGAAGUCGGCCUCUUCCUCGAGGAGAUGGCCCCGCGCAUCGCCCAUAUUGUCUUCGACCAGUUCAAGAACAUCCUGCACGAGGCCGAUAUCGACCGCCGCACCCAGUACAUGAUCGAAGUGCUGUUCCAGAUUCGCAAGGACCGCUACAAGGACAACCCCGUUAUCAAGGAGGAGCUCGACCUCAUCGAGGAGGAGGACCAAAUCACUCACCGCAUCUCCCUUGACGAAGACAUCAAUACCGAGGAUAGCCUGAACAUAUUUAAGUACGACCCCGAGUGGGAAGAGAAUGAGAACGAGUACAAGAAACUCAAGGCCGAGAUUUUGGGCGAGGUGAGCGGUGACGAGGAUGAGGAGGACGAGGACGAGGAGGAUGAGGAAAGCGAAGAGUCAGAGGACGAAGAGCAAAAGGCGAUCGAGAUCAGAGACCAGACGAACGCCGACCUUGUCAACCUGCGGCGCACUAUCUACCUGACCAUCCAAUCGAGCGCCGAUCCCGAGGAAGCCGCUCACAAACUGAUGAAGCUUAAGCUCCCCCCCGGCCAGGAGCCCGAGCUGGUAUCCAUGAUCAUCGAGUCGUGUGCGCAGGAGAAGGUUUAUUCCAAGUUCAUGGGCUUGUUGGGCGAGAAGUUCGCGCGCCUGAACCGCAUGUGGAUGGAGCUGUAUGAGGAGGCCUUCACCAAGUACUACAACACCAUCCAUCGCUACGAGACCAACAAGCUGCGCAAUAUCGCCCGCUUCUUCGGCCACCUGCUCUCCUACGAUGCCAUUGGCUGGCAUGUCCUUUCCGUCAUUCAGCUGACGGAGGAAGAGACCACGGCGGCCAGCCGUAUCUUCAUCCGCUUCCUCUUCGAGGAUAUCCAGGAAAACCUAGGCACCGCGAAGCUCAAGGCACGCCUGGGCGACGAGGCCCUGCAGCCCUAUCUCGAGGGCAUUUUCCGUCACGAUACCCGUCGCAACGUCACCUUUGCCAUUAACUACUUCACCGCCAUCAAGAUGGGCUACCUUACCGACGAAAUGCAUCCCGGACGCCAUCACGGUCGCGGUCUCGGUCCCGAGGUCGCUCUGCGUCGCGUACCCCUCUUCGUAGGGCCAGAUCCUACAGCCGGAGCAGGAGCAGGAGCAGGAACAGGAGCAGCCGGAGCUACUCCCGCAGCCCCAGCCGGAGCAGAAGCAGCGCCAGAAAUUAUUCCCGCUCUGUUUCCCCAAGAAGUCGGAGCCGAUCCAUCUCUCGCUCGGUUUCUCGCUCACCACCCCCUCGUCGUGAAGCAGGAGUCGCUCACCGGCGCGGUCUCCGGCUCCAAGGAAGCAGAGAAGGUCGAGGUCGAGGUCGAGGUCGAGGUCAAGGUCGAGGACACCGCUGAAGCAAGGCGCGCGGUACAACAGGUUUCUGUCGCGGUCAAGGUCCCGAUCGAGGUCUGUGUCCCGCCCUAG